AUGGCGAAGAGCAAACCAGCGGAGAAGGAGAAACGACAACGGGAGGUGGCGGCGUUUGUGGCAUACGCCACCUUCUACAAGGCGCUUGUCGGCGUGACAAAGCACACGGACGACACCCUGGAUGACGUCAGAGCAAUGGCAGUCUCAGGCUGGAACAUCCCGAAGGUGCACCAAAUUGUGCACCUGAUUACUGGCAUCCCUAUGCGUGGGUUGACGCACGAGACAUCCACGAACCUAUGGGAGCACACACACAAGGGCACAGUGAAGGUGCCGGUGCGAGGAAGCAACUGGCAGGACAUUCCACGCCGCAUUAUUGAGGAGGAGGUGCAGUGCGAGAUAGCGCGGGAGGUGUCCGCGGACGCAGGCGGCAACAGGCAGUAUGUAACGGCGCUGCGCGAGGGCACGUUUGUGAAGGCAAGCCCAUCAGAGAAGUGGUUUUCAAACGUGGCCGUGCUUAACCCAGACGAGAGAGAGUGGUACGCAAGAUGCCUAUGCAUCUUCAAGGCAAAGGGGGUGGAUGGAGAGAUGGGGAGGCACGUGUACGUGAAGUACUACGAGGAGGAGGGCACGUGCCCGAUGACAACUUGCUUGCAGUUGACACCCGGCCGUGUGAGGACAACGUAUGCUGUGGUGGACGUGGAGUGCAUCCAGAGGGUGGUGCACAUUUGCAUGUCUUAUGUGGACAAGCGUGUCAUGCUUCUCAACAUCCGCGUGUUUCGCCGGCAGACCAGCGACUCGCCGCAGUUCCUGGGGCUCCUCGGGAAGGUGUGGCCGGCAGUGGGCGGGCAGAGCAAGGCGGGCGAGGGCACGGUGGUGGGGAUCGUGGACACGGGUAUCUGGCCCGAACACCCGUCCUUCAGCGAUAAGGGCCUCUCCUCGCAGCUGCCUGCGGGGUGGAAGGGCAAGUGCGAGCAGUCGAGCUCGUUCCGGUGCAACAACAAGGUGAUCGGCGCCAAGGCCUUAUAUGCCGGCUUCCAGCAGAGCAGCGGCAAGCCCGUGCUGAGCAACGAUUGGCUCUCGCCGCGAGAUGCGAACGGCCAUGGCACGUGGUGCGCGGGGGCAGCCGUGGGGAACCCCGUGAAGGUGAAGGGCGGUGGGCAGGUGAGCGGCAUGGUGCCGGCAGCGCGCAUUGCGGCGUACAAGGUCUUCUGGACGGAUGGCAACGGGGACAUGUACGCGACGGAACCAGAUAUCAUCGCAGUCGUCAAUCAGGGCGUGGCGGACGGUGUGGAUGUGCUGUCGCUGUCUCUCGGCGGUGUGAAUCCCAAGGACAACUAUUUCAACGAUCUCGCUUUCAUGCGCGCCAAUGCUGCUGGGGUGAUUGUCGCCUUUGCUGCGGGCAACGCCGGGCCUCCUGGUCGUGGAGGGUUCUACCGCACGCUUGACAACUUUGCGCCCUUCUAUCUCACGGUUGGCACCAGCACCAUUGCCCGAGGCGGCGCCUCCCUCGCCUCCUCAACUGCCGGGGCUCAGUCGCUCGCUCUCGGUGCCACCAUCAGCAGCAACGGCACGGGCAGCGGCACAGGCAGCAACUUCAAUGGCAACAGCAUGGACGGGAGCAGCACCGUUCUGAUCGCCGAUGGCGGAAUCACCUUCACCUCCUCCUCCUCCGCCCCGGUGGUGGCUGAAUUCUCUUCCCGCGGCCCCCUGCUGCAGCCCUCUGCCACGGCCCAGCCCCCCAAGCCAGGCAACGCCAUCCUGAAGCCCGACAUCAUCGGCCCCGGAGUGGACCUCGUAGCCGCUGCUCCCGGCAACAAACCCAGCGAGCCUGGUGCCCUUGCCCGCAUGUCGGCCACUUCCAUGGCCACCCCGCAUUUAGCCGGGCUAGCCGCUUUGAUCAUCCAGAAGCACCCUAACUGGACCCCGGCGCAGGUGUUGUCAGCGCUGAUGACGACGGCGCGGGUGACGGACACGAGCAAGAGCGCCAUCAAGAGUGCGACGGGCAGGGAGGCCACCCCGUGGGAGAUGGGCGCAGGCCACGUGUUCCCCCCGGCCAUGCUCGACCCCGGGCUCACCUACGACGCCCGCGACCGCGACUACCAGAACUUCCUGGCUGGGCAGGACCUCAACCGCGCCAAAAAGGAGUUCCCAGGGGUGGCACUCUCGCCUCUGGCUGUCCGGAACCUCAACCUGCCCACCAUCACUCUGCCUCGCCUGCAGGGCUCCCUGCAGGUCACACGCACCGUCACCAACGUGGGGCAGUCCCGGUCCACAUACAGUGUAUCUGGGAAGCCCCCGCAGAGGGGUGAAGGUGACUGUGGGGCCUAG